UAUGAGUUCUAAAGUUAAGAAUGUCUAUUUAAUAUUGCGUCUGCGUUUGGAAGAACUCAGAGUAGUGACUAUAAAGACUUUUUAGAUUGGAAUUAAUAUUUUACUUUUUGCAUCUCUUCGAGGUGAUUAAAAAGCAAAAAAUCAAAAUUCACUUUAACAAUAUGGUCUUACUUCUCAAAAAUAAUUACAAUAAGCUUAACAAAUCUCAUCUUCGCUUUACAAUCACAACUUUGGCAGUUUCUAUCCAGAAGUAAAUAAGUUUGAACUAAUUUGUAGUUUAUUAGAGCAUCUAUUACUUUAUAUUUAGUAGGAUUAGUGAUUAAUUUACUUCAUACUGAAAUAAUGAAUGUAAUUAAUAAGAAAUUCAUGUUGUAAAAAUGUAUUGGAACUAUAGUUAUAGUAUUCCUCCAUAUAUUGGAUUUAAUGAUUAUUAAUGAUUAUCUAAUAUUGAACUCAGAAUACAGUAAUCUAACUUAAGCAGUAUCAGAUAUAUAUGUAGAUUCAGUAAGAAAAUAGAAAGAUAUGAUUUAAUUGUUUGAAGCAGUCAUCAGAUAACUGGUUAACAUUAAUAGGUAUUCAAAUUAUAUCAAUUUUUUAGAUUUCUUUCAAUAUUUUUUUAAGCAUCAGCUUUAUGGGGAGAUGGAAUUAGAAAAUUAAUAAAAAAUAAAAGAAAAACAUGGGGAACAUCUGAUUCUUAAUUAUCAUCUCCUUAACCUUAAGAGAAGACUUAAUUAAAUCAUAUACCUCCAGUUAAUACUGUAAAUAAUAAUAAGAUGAAGGGUUAAAAGAAAGAAAUUGUUCAACAUUCUGGAAAAAAGAAGAAAACAAUAUAGUAAUAAUAAUAAAUAGAAAAAUCAACUGAAGAAAGAGGUCAAUCAAUUGAAAAAAGAAAGAAAAAGAUUUUGGAUAAAAAGCCAUCAAAAUUAUCACCAAAAUAAUAUGAAUAAUAAAUAGAAACUAAAAUAGAGGAAUCUUAAUAAUUAGCACUUUCUAAAUAGGUAUCAUAAAUUCAAAAAGAUGAAUAAAAUAAUUCCACUUAAGCUGGUUCUAAUGGUAAUAAAUCUUUGUUUGAUCAUAAGAUUAAAUCAAAUAGAAGUGAAUCACUUCCAUCUAAACUAUGUUCUUAGAUUGAAAUAUCUUAAAAAUAUUUGAGAUAUUCUUCCUAAAGUUAAAAGAAACAUAUAGAAUAAAAAAAAUAAAUAAGGCCUAUUUAUGAUAAACUGUAUAAAUUCAAUUUAUAAACCAAUGUUGAUAAAUAUGAAAUUAAAGUACAUAGUAUAAUUGAAAUGAAUAAUUCAAUUAAUAAAAUUGCAUAAGAGAAUUCUUGGAAUUCAUUCUUAACAAUUAAUGUAAAAUUAAAUUAUUGGAAAGAAGCUUAUCAAUAAAUGCAAACUUAAGAAAUUAAAGAAGAAUUGUAAAAAGUAAUUGCAUAAUAUGCAUUAUAUUUAAUGAAUUAACAUGCUUAAAAUUAAGAAAUAGUAUAAUGA